AUGGCUAACGAUGAUGUAGUGCUGAAGCAAUAUCUAUCUAAAUACAAACACCGUGACUACACGGCUCGGGAAGUUGUUAAUUUAAUUCAAGCGUACAGAAGUUUGACCUAUCGUCUAGAAGCCUUUGUGUUCAAUAACGGCGCCCGAAAAGACUUAUUAAACCUUGAAGGUACCAUCCCCGUGAACUAUAAAGGAGCCUACUACAAUAUACCCGUUUGUAUCUGGCUAAUGGACACUCAUCCGCAAAAUGCGCCGCUGUGUUUCGUCAAACCCACGUCAGACAUGUCUAUCAAAGUCUCAAAAUAUGUAGACAGCAAUGGAAAAGUGUAUCUGCCGUAUCUACACGAGUGGACACAGAACGGCUCUACUCUACAGAAGCUUAUUCAAUGUAUGAUCUCUGCUUUUGGAGAACUGCCACCAGUUUACUCGAAGCCCCGCAACGAAACUAGAGCUCCUUACCCUGUUAAUUCUUUUAUGCCACAGCCUACCGGCUACCCAUUCCCACAAGGAGCUCCUCAACCAGGGUAUCCCACACCAGCACCUUAUCCAACAACAUCAAAUUUACCUUAUCCAGGUUAUGGCGCGCCAUAUCCUGGUUCUGUCAGUAGCAAUGGUUUGCCAUAUCCACCUUCUUCAUCAGCUACACCUUAUCCUCCUGCAUCGGGCUACCCAGGCCCCACUGUAACAGCAGAUGUGGCGGGUGGUACCAUCACAGAAGAACACAUUAAAGCCUCACUGCUGUCUGCAGUAGAAGAUAAACUACGAAGGAGGCUGAAGGAACAGUCUCUACAGUCUCAAGCAGAAUUAGAAACUCUUAGAAGGACACAGCAGGAGCUUCGUGAGGGUAAAGCCCGUCUUGAAGAGAUACUUUCGAGGCUGCAAAGGGAGAGGGCUGAAUUAGACAAAAAUGUGACAAUCUUGCAGGAGAAGGAGAAAGAAUUGCACACUGCUAUUGAACGCUUGGAAGAACAAGAAGGCAUUGAUGUGGAUGAAGCUGUUGUGACCACUGCUCCUCUGUACUCACAACUCCUAAAUGCUUUUGCUGAAGAAGCUACUUUGGAAGAUGCAAUCUAUUAUAUGGGAGAGGCACUGCGGAAGGAAGUAAUUGAUCUGGACACAUUCUUGAAGCAGGUCCGUACUCUAGCUCGUCGGCAGUUCACUCUGCGUGCUCUGAUGCACAAGUGUCGGCAGAAGGCUCAGUUGGCGUGCUAA